GGAGAGAGAGAGGAUCAUAAAGCGACUAACGGCGCUGACAGCGCGUGCGGCCUCCGGUGUGCGCGCGCGCUCCCCUCCACCGACAUCGAGCCAGAUGCGCGCGGAUACCAGAUUCUCCCCGUUUUUCAUGCACGGUUUUUUUUAGAAUUUAUUUAUUUAUCAAGAAUCCUCACGCCUGAUCAGUCGUGCAACGACACAGCCACCGAGGCGCGCGCGGUUUGUUUUGUUGUUGGAAGCUGAAUGACGGGCGGCCGGUUUGACUUCGACGAUGGCGGAACGUACUGCGGAGGUUGGGCGGAUGGCAAAGCCCAUGGGCACGGCGUCUGCACCGGACCGAAGGGCCAAGGCGAGUACUCGGGUUCAUGGCGCAACGGCUUCGAGGCGGUCGGCGUUUACACGUGGCCCAGCGGCAACACGUACAAGGGCCAUUGGGCGCAGGGCAAACGGCACGGGCUCGGAGUGGAGGCCAAGGGUCGGUGGCUUUACCGGGGAGAGUGGAGCCACGGGCUGAAGGGGCGCUACGGUGUGCGCCAGAGCCUCAACACCUCCGCCAGGUACGAGGGCACGUGGAGUAACGGGCUGCAGGACGGCUACGGAGUCGAGACCUACGGGGACGGGGGUACGUUUCAGGGCCAGUGGAUGGGUGGGAUGCGUCACGGUUAUGGCGUGAGACAGAGCGUUCCAUACGGCAUGGCUGCAGUAAUACGCUCGCCGCUGCGCACUUCCCUUGCCUCCCUACGCAGUGAGCAGAGUAAUGGCUCCGUCCUGAACGAGCGCUCCUCAGAGAGUCCGUCUGGAACACGAGGCGGCUUCGUGCUCAAUGUCCACAGUGAUGGCGAGCUCAGUUCGGGCAGGAAGAAAGGUCUGUUCCGGCGUGGCUCGUUGUUCGGCAGCCUGCGGCAGCUGAGGAAGUCAGACUCACGUUCGUCCAUCUCGAGUAAGCGCAGCUCGGCACGCAGUGAUGCCGCCAUGAGCCGCAUCAGCUCAAGCGACGCCAACUCUACGCUCAGCUUUGGAGAGGAUGAGGACAACGCUCAAUCCGAGGACAACGUGGACGCCACCACAACUGAGUCGUACAUGGGAGAGUGGAAGAACGACAAGCGCAGUGGCUUUGGCAUCAGCGAGCGCUCCAACGGCAUGAAGUACGAGGGCGAGUGGGCCAACAACAAACGCCACGGCUACGGCUGCACCGUCUUCCCUGAUAGCACCCGCGAGGAGGGCAAGUACAAGAACAAUGUGCUCGUCAGGGGCAUCAAGAAGCAGCUCAUUCCUCUGAAGAAUGCCAAGACCAAACAGAAGGUGGAGCGUGCUGUUGAAGGGGCGAUCAGAGCGGCCGCCAUUGCCAGGACAAAGGUGGAGAUUGCCACCUCCAGGACAGCCCAUGCCAGAGCUAAAGCGGAAGCUGCAGACCAAGCGGCGCUAGCAGCAUGCCAGGAUUCAGAGGUGGCUCGUGCCGUAGCGCGAGAACUUUCACCCACCUUUCGCCAGCCAGGCCCUGAUUACAUCAAGCAAAAGUUCUCCAGCGAACCAAUAGAGAUUAAAGAAGUCAUUGAAGAGAAAAAAGAGAAAACCCCCUCAGGAAGCCCACAUUUCUAUCGCAAGGGCACUACGCCCACCCAAACGCCCACUCACAGCCCGGGCCCAACUCCCCCGCCCUCACCCCCAUCCAACAAGAAGAAGUCCUUCUUCAACCGAAGCGCACCAAAAUCUACCAAAGAGAGCGUGGUCGAGAGCCUAGCAGCCAGCGUCAUCCCCAGAACUGCCCCAAGGUUGCCGACCAAACAGGAAGUGAAGCACGAAGGCGUUUCUUCUUCUACCCUCAUGACCUAUAAACCCACGUUGCCAGUCGCCAACUCCUCAAGUCCUGGAAACGGUGAGGUUCAUUCACAGUACCACAGCUACUUUGUGAAGGCAGAAGUUUCGAUCCCACCUGAGGAGCCAGAGGAAGAGGUGGAGGAGGAAAAGCCAGAAAAUACAACUGCCCUCGCCAGGGCUCCACCUCCUGUCAAGCAAUAUACACGUACCCCUACACCCUCCAUGCCCCCUGCCAAGCUUACCACCACCACCAGAGACAUCAAGCCAGAGCCCAAGCUGAAAAAACAGGAUUCUCUGAAGCCAAAGAGUUUAUCAGAAACUAAGAAAGCAAGCAUGGAGAUUACCACGGACGUGGUAGAGGAAGAAUCAGGUCCUAACUCUAUACUGGUGGCGUUAGUGAUGCUGAUAAAUAUCGGGCUAGCAAUCAUUUUUGUCCACUUCUUGACUUGAUGCAUCAUCAAACUCAGCGAGUUCUUCAGGACGUGCGGCAUAGGCCCAGUAAUUCUCUGCGAUGGUAUGGGCGGCCUUUAGAACAUGCCGCUCAGACUCAGACACAGGCAAAGGACGACUGGACGACUGGAAUGAAGAGCGAAAACAAGGUGGAGGGGGAAAAAAACGCAGAGUCCCGUAGCCGAGCCCAACCAGGUCCCCCGGCACCCGGCACCCAACCCCCAGCCCCGCCCUAUCCUGACCGUGAUUUACGACUCGCUUGGGCUCUGUGAAAGCUGAAGCAAGCACAGUCGCUGGUAAAAGAGGGUGGGGGGGAUAAAAAUAAAAAAAUGUGCUGAGCCAAGCCGUACCCAGUGUGAAGUGCAUGGACGGCCUGUUGGAGUGUGUGUGUGUGUAUGUGUAUGUGUGUGUUGGUGAGGAGGGGGAUAACUGGAUACGUUUGGCGAUGCACUUUUAGUUGACGGAAGCAAACAGCUGCCUUACAAUUUUACCCUCUGACGUUGUCAAGGAGGGGGAUGUGUGUGAGAGUGAGUGAGUGUAUGUGUGUGCGCAGUAGGUGGUGAGAGUCUGCGAGUGUGUGUGUCUUCAUUCUGAUCUAAACACCGUGCCCAUUUUAAAAAAAGAGGUACUCGCCAGUCUUAUUGCAUUACCCGUCUCUGAAGCCUUGUCUAACGCCACCUGCUCAUGUUUUAGGAGCUUAGCAAAUGCCACGCCAGGGUGUGGUACAAAUUUAACAUCUAUGUCUUCAGCUUGUUUCUUUUUGUGUGUAUUUCUUUGUUAAUUUUAAAUAUAAAAAAGGUGUACAUUUUUGUCCCCUCCCACCGAAUCUUUUAAUGGCUAACACGAAUCCCGGUCGAAUAACGAGCAAUAUUUUAGUGCUGGCGAUUAGCCCACGAUUUAAGGUGAAUAUAUUUAUAAUAUAUCAGUUCACAUGGAAACGAUCACGUGGAAGUGAGAAGCUCUGGUGUUAAAGUUCCAUUUGUAAAAUUAGAAAGGUAUCGUUCUGAUAAACGGAUGUUGUAUAAUAGCUGUAGGACAUUAUGCAUGGUGUUUGUUGGGUUUAUUUAUUUAGAUAUUAUUUAUUAUUUUUGGUUAAUAACUGGCUAUUGCACUGGAUUUUUGCACAUGUAGAGGUCGGAGCCUGCGCGGGUCAUGGCCGUUCUUCCUUCAUCACUGUCUGUAACCCUGAAGCGUGGUGUUGAAUGGAUUCAGGAGGAGUGAGCGAAUGUAGUCAGAUGCCUUAAAGGACUUUUUAAAAACAGUGUUAGAGUUUACCUUGGGGAAAAUAGUAGUGAUUUUGGACUUUUGUCUUAAUUAAUUGGAGUUUUUAUUGAAAAAAACUAUUAUCUGUAGUAUAUUUAAUUAUGUGGUGGUGCAUGAAGCUGUGGUUUUAUUUUAUGGUAAACUGUACAUGGCACUUUUGUGCCUCUAUUUGAAUAAAAAAAAAAAUAUAUAUUUUAUAUACACAAUAUGAAUAUAUUUAGCCAGUUGUUCUAAAUUAUAUUGUUAUAUCCAGCACAAGUUUUUUUCUUUCUCGUGUGCAUGGUAUAAUAUAAAGGUAGCUUUUUAGACACAUUAUUUGAAGUAGGCAUGUGCCAAUAAUCGGUGAUACGAUAUACUGCGAUAUUCAUCACUCACAAUAUUAUUAGCGUGGACACAGUGCUACAAUUUGGCAAUUUUUUUUCUUUGCAAAAGCCCAUUUUUUUCCUUAGCAGAUUUAUUUCUGUCUGAUUAUCUUUUUCUUAUCAGUUUUCAUGAACUAAAAUUGUAUUAUCGUCAGACGGCUAUUUGGAAAUGUGGUUGUGUGUAUGUAUGUGUGUGUGUGUGUGUGUGUGUGUGUGUGUGUGUGUGUGUGUGACAUUAACAGAGUUUUCUUCAGACUGCCAUAGUAUGUGAUCAGGAAAGAAGGAUGAAGGAAGGAAAGAGAAGAGCACCGAAAUGAAAAUAUAGAGCUUUAUUUGAACUUUUGAUAUUUUGAAAAAAAAAAAAAAUUAUAUGUAGUAACUGUGUAAAUGGCUGUUUCUUUUGUUAAUAUUUUUAUUUAAUCCCAAACAGAAGCAAAAAAGAACACUAUUAGAUUUCAAAAUAAGAUCCCCAGAUCACUUCACUCUAUUCAUAUUUUUACGCAUUUAUACAAAGUUCAGCAAAAAUUUGUCCGUAUUUUUCUAAAACAAUGAAGUGUCUAUGUUUUACUGAAAAGUUCUAUGACUGUAUUUGCAUUUAACAGUAUCAAGUCUUCAGAUAUAUAUUUUAAAGUUUUGAUUUUGAAGAAACAUCAAUGAACAUUUUGGUAUUGACUGUCCCCUCAUUUUUUGUUUGUUUUGGAAAUUGUUUAAGUUAAAGUAUGUUACAAUAAAAUAUUGUACAUUUUUAUGUAGAAAGUGUUUUAAAUGAGCUGUUUUCCAAAAAAAAAAAGAAAGAA